UAUGCAUCCAGACAGCAUAUGUAGAUAGAUAGAAUUCAAUGGUGACAUCACCGUUAAUUUGGCCCGACCUCCGCCUUUCUCCGCAGUUCAUUACAUCACUGACGACACGAUGAGAUGGACGCAACACAGAAAUAAGAGUAGCUCUCAACCUCGUCCUCGACCAUCAACCAGGUAUAUCGCCAUUCGUUUGGACGAUCAUGGGGACAAGCAACAAGGGCAACGAUGGGAGCUCAGCUGCAAGCAACGAUGAUAGCACGGUGGAGGAGGAAGGAGGCCAGGACACGGCCAAGGCCGGCGACUCCUCGUCGUCGGUGCGUCCCUACGUCCGCUCCAAGAACCCCCGCCUCCGCUGGACGCCGGAGCUCCACCACUGCUUCGUUCGCGCCGUUGAAAGGCUCGGCGGCCAAGAUCGUGCAACUCCUAAGCUCGUUCUUCAGUUUAUGAAUGUCAGAGGGCUUAGCAUAGGCCAUGUAAAGAGCCAUCUCCAGAUGUACAGGAGUAAGAAGAUUGACGACUCUGGCCAGGUCAUCAUAGGUCACUUGGAACAGGGGGGACACGCCUACAACUUCGCCCAUCUUCCCUUCCAUCAUCGUCUGAGUGCUCCCGGUACAAUGUUCUCAAGGUUUGGCACUGCUCCAUGUCCUCCAUGGAGGAGGAGCUACCAUCAACCAUACUGGCUCCAUGGCCGCUUUCCUGCAUCAAAGCCCUACCACUACUCAUCAGGAGCAGCAUCCCAUCACGCCGAAGCUCUCCGUCGAACUCGUGCUGAACAUGUAGCAAGAUCAGGAACUGCAUCAACCAACCCAGCUUUGAUGAUCCAAGGCAGCUGCCGACCAAGAAAUGAUCCUCAUCACACCAUGAACAUGUACCAUCACGAAAGGCGGCUGCCGGAAGCUGUUCGGGCGACGGUGUGCAACGAUGAUCCUAGCCAUGGUGACGAUGAUCUAGAUCUCAGCCUCUCGCUCCAUACCGGCGGGCCACGGUGGGAGAUGAAGAGGAAGGAACAAGACGAUGGCGAUGAUCAUCAGGUCGGUGGCGAUGAAGAAGAGGAGAGCACUACUGCUACUAGGCUGUCUCUUUCUCUGUUCUCUCCUAGUUGUACUACUCGAUCGGAAGGUGAGUAGUGCUAGUGAUCAUACAGUAGGUCUAGAUGUUAAAUGAGGAUGAGAGAGAGAGAGGAUCAAUAAGCAAGAUGGGCAAGUACUCUUGGUCUCACCAUAUAAUUGAUCAGUUGCAAUGUGGUGAUAUCUUGUGGUACUUAUCCAUAAAAACAUAUGUAGUAAUAUAG